AUGGCAGCAUCCACUCUUAUUACAUCCGCGUGCCCGGGUCUCCUCGCCUGCCGGAAGCUUCUCCGCUCGCGCAGCACUACCCUGAAGGCGGGCCAUGCGGCACGCACUCUGCAGCGCCUUGCUCUCUUCAGCUCUCCGGCUUACAAACAGCGGGGAGAACCAUACCGUCCUUCCCAAGCUUGUCAGCCCGCCGCCGAUAUGCCCGCUCUAGACGAAUUCGCCCAUUACAGACGUGUUACGCAGGGAGAGCUUGGGGGGAGCGCCUCUGCGGACUUGGCCGCCUGGCUCUUCUUCCAGCUCAUCGCGGACCAUGUCUUCCUCCCCAUUCUCGUCAUGACUUUUGCGCUCUCGCGCUCGGUGGUCAGGCACUCGACGGUGAUCAACCUCUGUUGCACGUGGAUCCUGUCUGGCAUCCUCUCGUCGCUCCUUCUGUAUACGAGCGAAACGACGGGUCCUGAGCCGCCCAGGGGACUAUGCACUGCUCAAGCGGCCCUCAUGAGCGGCGCUUUCCCUAUGACGUCCGUCGCGACUCUCGCCCUUGCCUACCGCACCUGGCGCUCAUGCACGCCUGGCAAGUCUCAGCUCCGGGAGAAGGCCUCCUGGCCAAUCCGAGUAAUGCUUAUUGUGUCACCGUACCUUACGUUGGGCGUGUUCUGCGCGAUCGCAGCGAAGUUGGGAGUGGAGUAUCCUGGACAAGUGGAUCGGGCGACGAGGUAUUUCUACUGCGCUGUCAACGUUCAAGCACUUACAAUCGCAGUCGCCGUGUUUUCUGCAGCUGUGUGCAUCAUCGCAGCAGGUUUCUUCGUGCACCUCGCCAUGCAGCAACUACGGACGCGCGAGACUCGGCCGCUCCGACAGCACUCAGCGAAAGUUGACACUUCCUUCCGGAUACGCGUCGGCGUCCUGACGCUGUACACGCUCACCGCCGCUUUGGCGAACCUGGGCUCUCUGGGAGACACAGGCACCGCGUUCCCGGACAUAUUGACCGCGUCCGUCGGGAUGGCAGUCUUCCUCAUAUUCGCCAGCCAAACCGACGUCCUCCACGCCUGGUGGUCCUUCCGCCCCUUCCAGUCCCCCCUCGUGCGCCCGCGCCAUCAGCCACGCGCCGACAGUGCGCCCCCCGCGCGCACGCCCUACCCGUCCUUCGACCUCGACCUCCUCACGAAGCGCACGGACAGCGACGUGAGCGAGCAGGCGCGCUUGGAGGCGCUGCAUACGUACUACGCCGAGCGCGUGCGCGGCGAGGGCGUCAAGGUCGAGAUCAUCGACCGCCCCCAGGACGCGUUCAUACCCGGCUCGGAGCUGCGUCGGGCGUCGGGGGAGUCGAAGGGGAGCUUGAGGAGGGAGAAGGAUGCGGAGGCGGGGGCGGAGGCGGUGUGA